CGGGCUUCUGACUUUUUGUCCCGGUCGAGCAAGUGUAAUUCACUUAUCCAGCUGCAGCACCGCCGCCGGCCGCCGACCGCCUCUCUCUCUCUCUCCAGUCACCUGAGGGGAGGAUUAAUGUGUGAAGAAGCAGAGGAGCUCCGCCCUAGUUCGGACUCCUUCGCCGAAGUUAAGGAAACAAUCUCCGAUGGCGGUAACUCCUGGCCGGCUGUUCAGUACGACGUCGCUCCGUAUAGAACCUACCAUUUCUUCCAGCAGUUUAGGACCGCCGAUUCGAACCCUAACAACUUUCUGAAGGGCGUCAAAUGGUCGCCGGAUGGUUCGUGCCUCCUAACUUGCUCCGACGAUAAUACCCUCCCGAUUUUCAGCUUGCCUUACAAUGAGAGUGGCAGUCUAGAUGGUUCUGCUUCCAUGCCAGAUUCUGAUUCGUAUGCAGCAAACGUUGUUGUGAGAGAGGGGGAAUCUGUAUAUGACUAUUGCUGGUACCCAUACAUGUCUGCUUCAAAUCCAGAUCUUUGUGUAUUAGCGACGUCUACGAAAGACCAUCCAAUUCAUCUAUGGGAUUCUAAUUCUGGACAGCUCCGCUGCACGUACCGUGCUUAUGAUGCCAUGGAUGAGAUUACUGCUGCCUUCUCAAUUGGCUUCAACCCUAAUGGAAACAAGAUUUUUGCUGGAUAUAAUAAAACUAUUAGAGUAUUUGAUAUCCAUCGUCCGGGGAGAGAUUUUGAACAAUAUUCAACUCUUUCGGGAAAAAAAGAAGGGCAAUCAGGUAUUAUAUCUUCAAUUGCUUUCUCUCCCACUGAUUCUGGGAUGCUGGCUGCGGGUUCCUAUAGCCAAACUACUGCUAUAUACAGAGAAGAUAAUAUGGAGCUGUUGUAUGUGUUGCAUGGCCAAGAAGGUGGUGUUACCCAAGUUCAGUUUUCGAAAGAUGGCAACUAUUUGUACACUGGGGGGCGUAAGGAUCCAUAUGUGCUAUGCUGGGAUAUUCGCAAAACUGUUGAUAUUGUCUACAAACUAUAUCGAUCAUCCGAAACUACCAAUCAAAGGAUACAAUUUGAUAUUGAGCCUCUUGGUCGAUAUCUUGGAACUGGCGGUCAGGAUGGUCUUGUGCAUAUCUAUGAUCUCCAGACGGGGGAAUGGGUAUCAAGCUUUCAAGCUGCGCUAGAUACCGUAAAUGGUUUUGCUUUCCACCCGUUUCUCCCGAUGGCAGCAACUUCAUCAGGACAUAGACGAUUUGCAGGAUUAUUGGAUGACUCUCAAGAAAAUAACCCUUUAAAUGGUCAUGAAAAUUGUUUGUCUGCAUGGAGCUUUUAUUCUUCGACAGCGGAUGAUGCAGCCAACACUGAUUUUGGAAAUUGAUAUCUUGACUUUGGAUCUGUACAAUAGCUUAUAACAUUGGCCAUAUUCAUGUUGUAGAUUUCCAAAUUUUGCAUUGAAGAUAAAAAUUAUGACCGAAAUCUUGACUAAUAUGAACUCUGAUGCAUAUGUUUUAUUGUAUUAAUACAGGUUGAUACUGUUUCAAACAAUUGCCAUUUUAGCUUGAUACAAUUCAAAGUUAUACUAGAAUAUGUAGAUCUAUAUGAAUAUUAAAAUAUUCAAGUUUUCAAUUACCUAAUCUUAUUUAGUGUCAUCAAAAUUAAAUUAACCUAUGCCAUAACAACGUACUUUAGGCAGGCAUAAAAUACAUAAGAUUGACUGCAAAGAAAAUGUCCGAAAUUUCAGUUGCUAUGUUUGCUUCUUCUGGCGACGAGGAGAGCUGUUGGCCGAGGAGGGAUUUAUUUCUCGAUAUGGAGGAAUGAGCAAGAAUUUUGUAUAGCAUUGUUGUUGUUGUCGUUGUUGUUUGUAAGUUGUGAAAAAUUGUUGGGUUUUUUUGUUGUACAUGUUGAGACAGUAGCGCCACAUGCCAGUUUUUUCUUCAACACUUUUCAUUGAAGACGAGUUGGCUUGUUUUGUAUCUUUGUUUGUACAUGUAGGGAGGAAGUAGGGGAGUGGUUGGUUAUAGGGAGGAUUCGAAUUUGGGCUGUCAUUCAUUCAGUUCGCUGUGAAUCCAAAGCGAUUGUGUAUGUAUACGAUAUACGUUUCUGAGUUCUUGAUUAAAUUCAAUAAGAUGUUUUUCCUCGUGU